AUGUCUACGAUACCGCUCAAGAGCCGUUCAAAUCCAUAUGAGGGGGAGCAUCCCUAUUCAAGCCUCCGGAUAGACCACUCUCUCUCUCCUCCAACCCCCGGUUCAGCCCCAAGUCUCACGAAACCCACCGCCACCCACCAUCCAUCUACAGAACCAUUCCCAAGUUGGCCCCACGCAACUCCUCGGCCUGGUGACCCCCAUGCCACUAAGACUGACGCUGAAGCCCCGGGCCCGAGCCCAAGCCAGAUAACUUACUUCUUCUGGGUAUUCCUGGUAGUGGUAAUCCUAGUGGUUGGCUGGCUCCAAUACAAACACAUCAUGGAUGCCAAGAACAACGAGAGACAUCCAACUCAUGGGGGCCUUCGGCCACGUGUAUCAAUGCUCGCAUCACAAGAGAAUCGGCAGCAGCAUUUGGGGAGCCGGGAAGACAUCCGAGGGGGGCCGGUGAGCCGCGCUCUUAGGAAUGCCACAGAGAGGAUCGGCCGGAGAAGGAGUGGACAAGAAGGAAGAAGGGGGAUUGAUAUAAAUGAGGAGCUGGAGGGGCUUGAACUGGAGACGCUCUGGCGUAGCUCGGGAGAUGAGAUGCCGCGGGGUCCGAGGCGUUUAUCACCCAUUGCCGAAGUUUCAGAAGCAUUUUUAUCAGAUAACCCUUCUGAUGCUGACGAUGAGGGGGGGACGGAUCUUUGA